GCUAGCUCCAGUCCCGGCGCUGCCACAGCUUCUUGGGUCCAGGGACGGUGUCUAAGGCCGCUAUAGGACUGGCGGGGCAAUAAGGAACACUCGCGUCCAGCUGCGCCCAGGGCGCGCAGAUCUUGAUAGCUCAAGCUCGUCCGUGUUCCGGGAAUCUGGAGAGCACCAUGAGCCAUGCAAUCCUCGGCACCCCCGCGGCGGAAGUAAGAAAGCUCCAGAACCUGGUCGACGACGGCCGGCGCCUGCGGGCGCAGCUCCGCCGCGUGGCCCGCGCGCUCGACAAGGCGGACCCGCGCGAGCGGACGGCCGCGCGCGCGGGCCUCGACACGAUCGCGCGCCGCGGCCGGGGCUGGAGCCGCGAGAACCGGGCGCUCCUCGUGAGCCUCGUCAUCCACUACUACCCGCCGGACCGCCUGGCGGGCCUGCCGCGCGAGCUGCUCGAGGACGCGGUCCUCGCGAACCUCGACGUCAAAAACCUCGCGGCGAUGGCGGCCGUGUCGCGGGCGGCGCGGCGCGCGGCCUCGAGCGACGCCGCGUGGCGGCCUCAGUACGCGCGGCGCUUCGGCGCCGCGGACGACGCCUCGGAGCACUUCGACUUCGGCGCGAGCCUCCGCGAGUCGUUCCGCCAGCGGCUCGGGGACCCGGCGCCGGGAGACCGGGUGGAGAUCGCCUGGCGCGGCCGCUUCCGGCUCGAGGGCCUCGAGGUCUACCGGGGGCUCGCGUGGUGGGCCGCCGAGGUCGUCGAGAAGCGCGACGCGGCCGCCGCGGCCGCCGCGGCGCCCGACUGUCCGCUCGACGACCGGCGCGCGCGCAAGUACAAGGUGCACUACGUCCACUGGGACGCGCGCUGGGACGAGUGGGUCGCGCGCGACCAGCUCCGGUGGCCCGUGCCCGAGGGCCGCACGGGCGUCGUCGCGUCGGGCGACGACGUCGAGGUCUGGUGCUCGGGCUCGGCCGUGCCGGGCGCGUCUGCUCCCGAGUCGCUAGCUCGCCACGCUUGCGCGACGGCGCCGGCGCUCACGGUGAUUCCACGCAGGUGGCUGCGCGCCGUCGUCACGGCCGUCGAGGGCGAGCUCUACUGCGUGGGCGACGUGGCGUCGUCCGGGCGCCUCUGGGUCCGCCGCGACCGCGUGCGCCUCAUCCAGCGCAAGCAGGACCGGGCGCCCCGCGCGCCGAAGCGCCUCCAGCCCUGCCGGAUGCUCUUCGCGCUCGCGCGCGCGACGACGGCGGCGGUCCGCGCCCGCCUGGCGAGCCAUAGUAAUACGCGGUGAAUGUGCUUCUAGAAUCUUAGGGAAACAG